AUGGCUGAUCGGGGAUCUGGUGCCCGCGGCGGCGGUUUCGCAUCUCGGGGUGAUCGUGGCGGUGAGCGUGGUCGCGGCCGUGGCCGUGGACGUGGACGUCGGGGCGGCGGCAAGAGCGACGAGAAGGAGUGGCAGCCCGUCACCAAGCUGGGCCGUCUCGUCAAGGCUGGCAAGAUCAAGAGCAUGGAGGAGAUCUACCUCCACUCGCUCCCCAUCAAGGAGUACCAGAUCGUCGACUUCUUCCUGCCCAAGCUCAAGGAUGAGGUUAUGAAGAUCAAGCCCGUUCAGAAACAGACUCGCGCUGGUCAGCGGACGCGGUUUAAGGCCAUCGUCAUCAUUGGCGACUCCGAGGGCCACGUCGGUCUCGGCAUCAAGACGUCAAAGGAAGUUGCGACUGCCAUCCGCGCUGCCAUCAUCAUCGCUAAGCUCAGCGUCAUCCCCGUGAGGCGUGGUUACUGGGGUGCCAACCUCGGUCUGCCGCACUCUCUUCCCACCAAGGAGAGCGGCAAGUGCGGUUCCGUCACUGUCCGCCUUAUCCCCGCUCCCCGUGGUACCUCCCUCGUCGCUUCUCCUGCUGUGAAGCGCCUGCUCCAGCUCGCUGGUAUCGAAGACGCCUACACAUCGUCUUCCGGCUCGACCAAGACCCUCGAGAACACCCUUAAGGCCACCUUCGCGGCCGUGUCCAACACCUACGGCUUCCUGACGCCCAACUUGUGGAAGGAGACUAAGCUCAUCAGGAGCCCUCUGGAGGAAUAUGCCGACACCCUGAGGGACGGCAAGCGGUAUGCUCACUAA